CGGUGGAAGAGAGGACGAGGUUCUUGCAUUCAUGGAGAAAAAUCUUACCUUAAUGACAAAGGGGAUAAGCGAGUUGCGGAAGACGAGUUUCCCUCAACAGACCCUCGUGUGGAAUCAUCCAGACAGUGAGAAAAUUCAUCCCAGUAAAGCAUUUCAUGCUGUCAAACGUUAUUAUGAGAAACAGGCCGAGGAACAAAGGAAAGUCUCCAAUCUAUCAAACGAUGUUUCCGACUCAUCGUUGCUGCAGAAAUGCUUCUUGAAACGGCCCGGGUGCCCUCAGUAUUGCAACCAGGCGACAUCGGCGACCCUCCUUGCGAGCAGCGCUUCGAGAACUGGAGUUCUCCCGAUCAACCUCAGCACCAUGAGUCUGACUUCCCAGAUAUCCCUGGACGACUGGAGUUCCUUGCUCCAAAAUCCCGACAUUUGGGACUCAAGGAGUCGCAUCAGAUUUUAUUCCGCUUCCUCCUCGGAGCUGGUGUUGCCCAAAUGGAAGAGCUUCACAGAAGGCAUCGUCCCCCAAGGCCAUCUUAAAGCCCACUCCGGGAACCGCAUGCCCUGGUACAUCCCUGUGCUUCACGAGAAGGAUCUGAGCCUUAAUAAGUUGGGGGAGGAGGUUGCCCGCCUGGCUCCUUUUGAAGCCGAGUGUAUCCGGAAGGAGGAAGUGAUCGCCGUUCUGCGGGAAGAGGUCCAGGCAAUGCACAAACAGCUGGAGCAGCUCCUGAAAUGGCAGGCCUCUGUUUUAGAGAGCACUUCGGAAGAGAAGCGUGCCAGAGUGGAGGUUCUGUCCGAUUGGGACCUCACCCAGCCGUCCACGCAGGGCGCCUCCCCGUCGUUCGGGCUCGAGCAGAAGAGCAUCCCUUCGGUCUGCGUGGAUCAGGUCGAGUUGUCGGAAGAGUUGAGUCAGGACAUGGAGCGUGUGAAAGAGCUGCUGAGCCAGUCGGAGCAGAUGCUGGAUUCGAAAGCGCAGCUUGUGAAGAAAGAGCUCAUAAAACAACAGGGGGAUCUGCACCACUUCGAGAAAGAGAGCCUGCUGGAAAUAGAGGAGGAGGUGCCCUCGAACAACGAAUCCAGAGUGAGGGAAGGGGACUCGAGCGAUCAGGAAGACUCGGACAACACCUUGAUCCUCUACAAGCUGCUGGAGUUCCAGAAGGUGAACGAAAUCCUCUACGAAGAGCUGCAGAAAGCGCGGAACGAUUACGAGCUGGCCACAGGCGCGAUUUCAUCCCUGCAAAGAGAGUUGUCCUUCGGGGAGUCCCAACUCCGGAAAGCUCAGGUGGAGAAAGAAUCUUUGCAGAAGGAACUCCGGGAACGAGGCGAACAGCUGGAGGCCAUGUCCAAUAAGUUUUCCAACUUGCGGGAGGAGAGGAAACACGAAGAAAUGAUGGGCACCAUCGAGAGAGAGAAUUGUAAACUCCGACAAGAGGUGACCAAGCUGGAGGUCCAGCUGGCAGACAGAGACCAGGCCAUCCACACUUUGCAGACCAACGUCCAGCAGCUUCACUCCGAGUUACUGGUCAACCAGCAUCGCGCCGGGAAGCAGCUGAGCAGCCAGGAUGAACUCCAGAAGCAGCUGGAGAUUUUGCAACGGGCGGAACAGCAGACCAGAGUCACUCUGGAGAGCGUCAGCGCCCGGUUUGAAAGGUUCCGCAGCAAAAUUAUCCAAGCCGCUUACAGCACGCCCGGCACCAAGUCCCCGCAGGCAGAAAUCACUGACGAAGAGGUUUUAGAGGCCUUGCAGAAAAUCAUAACCGACCGUCUGGACUUCCACCAGAUGCUGAAGCAGAAAGGCGUGAAGGUUCCAUCGCUCAGCUCCGAGCCUGCCCCACCACCGACUCAUAAGAAAAAAGCCGGAGGGAAAUAAUAAAUCCCCCCCCCUUUAUUUUAACUCCCCCCCCACAAAAAAAUUACAUCUCUCGACUUUCUUAUCCCGCUCCUGAGCUGUUCCUUUUCCUGUCUCCAAUUAAAAGAUGGCACUCAUGUUUUUUUUCCCCCCUCCCCGUUUUCUUGUGCAUUCGUAUGAUUAUUAAUUGUAAUUC